CCCGUUUCUGCCAAGCCUGGUCCGACAGCAGCAUCACCCAAGCAGCUCUCCGCCAUAGUCAGCAAUUGAGAGACACUCGAGCUCUCGACGCGCUCAAAACUUCCUACACGCCUCCCCGAGGGCAUUCAACAGUCAUGGCCGGUCUUCGCACGGCGCUGCGCCUGGCGCCGCGAGCACAAUUCGUCCGCCCUUCCACCACUCCCUCGAACCUCGCGAAGCGCACCUAUGCCUCAGCACCAGCGAUCAGACGGCCGGCAACAGACGACAAGAGUGCGAGCGAGGCGGAGCAGGCGUCUGAGGAUGUUGGAGAUCCGAACAUGAAUGGCAACUACCCAGAUCCAAGUCUCACGUCGGCGCUGCCCAUCAAGAGACAAUUCCGUGAUCCACACGGCGACUGGUGGGACAAGCAAGAACGACGAAACUACGGCGAGCCCGUCCAUGAGGACAAUGAUAUUCUCGGCAUCUUCUCUCCUGAGGUGUACACACAUUUCACAUCUGCCUGGGGUGGUGUGCUGCUCGGCACUUUUGUCGGAGCUGUUGGAGUGCUUUGCGCCGUUGUUUACAGAUUCUAUCCCGACAGACCCUCUGUUUCCCGGACCUUCUCAGAUGGACUAGAGGCUGAACUCGGCGGACCCAAGGCUGUCCGAGCACGCAGUGAGAAUGAGGGCGAUGUCGCCGUCCUGGACCGAUCUGUCGUCUAAUCAUGCAGACGGGACGUGUACAUAUCCAGCGAAGAGCUUCCCUUUGUACUAUGAACAGAUGAGCUCACUGAAAGCUCAAAAUGACCAUUGGCCAUGUGCUAACAUGAACCGUUUAUUGAACCCAUCCCAGCUUGGACACUCGAACUCGUUGUCGCCACCAUGCAGUAACAUGAAGAAGAAGCUGGACACUCUUCGAGUGCUAUGCAUUGGGAGGCUGUUGUCAAUGCGCGGGCUUUCAAGUCCAUUUAUGUUCUGGCCAAGGAGACGCGAUACGUUUCUAGCACAUAAGCGACAAGUGUACGCAACGGG